AUGCAGCACAACGAAUCCAAUAUUAACUAUCUUUAUUCAUAUUUGACGUUAGGUACGUUUUUCAAAGAACAAGUAUGGAACACUAUUCGAUUUUUAAUUGGAAUGGUAUUAAUUUUAUCUCUUAUUGAAGCUCAAUUACAAAUGAAAAUAUCAUUCUCUUUAGUGUCCAAGCAAAAAGAAAUUAUGCCCGAUAUGUCAGAAAAGAAGUAUCGGUUCACAGAUGUACAAGGCGUUGACGAGGCAAAACAAGAACUGCAAGAUAUAGUUGACUUUCUUAAAGAUCCUGAAAAAUAUAAACGAUUAGGCGGAAGACUUCCAACUGGUAUUUUGCUGAUUGGACCGCCUGGUACUGGUAAAACACUACUAGCUAGAGCAGUAGCUGGAGAGGCUGGAGUCCCGUUCUUCUUUUGUUCCGGUUCUGAAUUUGACGAAAUGUUUGUUGGCGUUGGAGCUGCCAGAGUUAGAAAUCUUUUUGCUGCUGCUAAGGAACAUUCACCGUGUAUAGUUUUCAUUGAUGAAUUGGAUGCAAUCGGAGGUACCCGUGUCACAACGGACCAUCAGCCAUUUUCACGCAUGACACUAAAUCAACUACUAGUUGAGCUAGAUGGGUUUGAGAAAACUGAUAAUAUCGUCAUAAUUGGAGCAACCAAUUUUCCUGAAGUCCUAGACAAAGCAUUAGUAAGACCUGGUAGAUUCGAUAGUCGAAUUAGUGUACCAUUGCCGGACGUUCGAGGUAGACGAGAGAUUUUAAAAUACUACUUGGGGAAGGUACCUACCGCUGACAAUGUGGAUGCGGCUAUCAUAGCAAGGGGUACCGUUGGGUUUUCUGGAGCUGACCUGUCCAACUUAGUUAACCAAGCGGCAAUUAAAGCAGCACUCACAUCUUCAAGUUUGGUGUCAAUGGACCAUCUGGAAUUUGCUAAGGAUAAAAUCAUAAUGGGUCCUGAACGAAAAAAUGCUACUAUUGAAGAAAAUAAUCGUCGUUUGGUUGCUUUCCAUGAAAGUGGCCAUGCACUUGUAGCUUUAUAUACUCGAGAUGCUUUGCCAGUUCACAAAGCGACGAUCAUGCCUAGGGGUAGUGCUUUGGGUAUGGUUACUCAAUUACCGGAAAAAGAUGAGCUUUCAUGGUCAAAGAAACAGCUACUAGCUCGCCUGGAUGUUUGUAUGGGAGGUCGUGUUGCGGAAGAAUUAAUUUUUGGAGAUGAUAGCAUCACAAGCGGAGCUGCGAGUGAUGUUCAGCAAGCGACUGAAAUCGCUAAAGCAAUGGUAGCGAAGUACGCGAUGAGUGAGAAAGCUGGUCUGGUACAUUAUCAUGAUAAAAAUAGCCCAGAAGCGGAAGCGAUGAUUGAAAAUGAAGUUCGCCAGCUUAUCAAGGAUGCGUACGAAAGGGCUAGGAAUAUUCUCAAGACACAUUCUACAGAACAUAAACGACUGGCAGAGGCUCUUUUACGCUAUGAAACAUUAAAUUUAGAGGAAAUCAAAACUGUUAUUCAAGGAAAAUCAUUAAAACGUGAUGGCUGA